AUGCAUACGAGACAUAGCGGACGCUCUUCACCGUUUUCAUUUGAUCCGGAAAUCGAACGAACAGCUCGCUCAAAUCGGGGGCAUGAGGAUGCAGCCAACAAUCCUCCACCACUAGUUCCACCACCAGCUCCUCAAUUCCCAAACAACAACAAUGGGAAUAAUGGGAAUAACAACAAUGCCGGUGCACCAAUCAUCAUACCAGUGCAACUACAACCGAAUAGAAACAAUCGUGGCCAAAAUGGUGGAAAUGGAGGAAAUUGGGCACAAAAUAUGGGAGGCAAUGUAGGAAACCACAACGGUGGUAAUGUUAGAAAUCAGAACCAAAAUCCUAGAAAUGUUGGUCCUCAAUUCAGUAAUGGUGGUCAUGGUGGUAACGAGGAUGACUGGGAUGUUGAUCAUGGAAGUGUCAACGAACUUGGUUGGAAUCAGAACCACAACGGUGGUAAUAGGCGGAAUCAAGGCAAUCGGGCUGAAAACGGGAACUACAACAAUAAUUGGAACAACUAG